UUUUAGAAGCACUUCUCUACAUGAACUGAGUUAUAGUUCUUGAGCUGAUCAACUGUUGAGGAGUCUUCCAACGUCUCGGAGAUCCCAAUAGAAUUUAAAGCUACUAGGAAAAGUUUUCGUUGGCUGCUCUCGGAUGGCUGCCACCGCUGGAGUUGCUGCUCUCUCUUAGUGCUGCUCCUCGCUCAGCUAGCUGAGGGCGGCGCGGCCUCUUCUUUUGUCCGGUUACCCUGCGCAUUGUCCCGAAGGGUGCCGCUUUUCCCGCGGCCAGCAGCAUGGGCCGGGAGUCACGCCAUUAUCGGAAGUGGUCAGCAUCAAGGGGGUGCUCUGGAAGUCGAUCUAGAAGUCGCUCACCUGACAAAAGAAGUAAACGUGGAGAUGACAGGCGGUCCAGAAGCAGAGAUAGAGAUAGAAGGAGAGAGAGGUCUUGUAGCAGGGAUAAAAGAAGAUCUCGGUCAAGAGACUGGAAGCGCCUGAGGCGUUCCAGAAGUAGAGAGAGAGAUCAAAGUCGAGAGCGAAGAAGAUCUCGAAGUCGAGACAGGAGAUACUCCAGGAGUAGAAGCCGAGGCCGGCAAUCCAGAUCCUCAAGUCCUGGCAAUAAAAGCAAGAAAGCUGAGAAUAGGUCUAGGUCCAAAGAGAAAACAGAUAGUGGGGAAAGUUCUAAAGAGAAGAAAAAAGAAGAUGACAAGGAGGAUGAAAAAGAAAAAGAUGCUGGUAACUUUGAUCAGAAUAAGCUGGAAGAAGAAAUGAGGAAGCGAAAAGAACGAGUAGAAAAAUGGCGAGAGGAGCAACGUAAAAAGGCCAUGGAAAACAUUGGGGAACUGAAAAAGGAAAUUGAAGAGAUGAAACAAGGGAAAAAAUGGAGUUUAGAAGAUGAUGAUGAUGAUGAAGAUGGUCCUGCAGAAGCUGAAAAGGAAGGAAAUGAAAUGGAGGGUGAGGAGUUAGAUCCAUUAGAUGCUUACAUGGAAGAAGUGAAAGAGGAAGUAAAAAAGUUUAAUAUGCGAAGUGUGAAGGGUGGUGGAGGGAAUGAAAAGAAGUCUGGGCCAACAGUCACAAAAGUUGUCACUGUAGUGACAACCAAAAAAGCAGUGGUAGAUUCUGAUAAGAAGAAAGGUGAGCUAAUGGAGAAUGACCAGGAUGCCAUGGAGUAUUCUUCAGAGGAGGAAGAAGUUGAUCUUCAGACAGCCCUUACAGGCUACCAGACAAAACAGAGAAAGCUUCUAGAACCAGUGGAUCAUGGAAAAAUUGAAUAUGAACCAUUCAGAAAAAACUUUUAUGUUGAAGUUCCAGAAUUAGCAAAAAUGUCUCAAGAGGAGGUAAAUGUUUUUCGGUCGGAAAUGGAAAGCAUUACUGUCAAGGGAAAAGGUUGCCCCAAACCAAUUAACUGUUGGGUCCAGUGUGGAAUUUCCAUGAAGAUCCUAAAUUCUCUCAAAAAGCAUGGCUAUGAAAAACCCACGCCAAUCCAGUCCCAGGCGAUUCCUGCUAUAAUGUCUGGACGAGAUUUGAUUGGUAUUGCCAAGACAGGAAGCGGAAAGACCAUUGCUUUUCUGUUGCCCAUGUUUAGACACAUCAUGGAUCAGAGAUCAUUAGAAGAAGGAGAGGGGCCAAUAGCUGUCAUCAUGACUCCAACUCGAGAACUGGCUUUACAAAUUACUAAAGAAUGUAAGAAGUUUUCAAAGACCCUGGGACUUAGAGUGGUCUGUGUUUAUGGAGGAACAGGAAUCAGUGAGCAGAUUGCUGAGCUGAAAAGAGGUGCUGAAAUUAUUGUUUGCACACCUGGUCGAAUGAUUGACAUGUUAGCAGAUAAUAGUGGUCGGGUCACAAAUCUUGGAAGAGUAACAUAUGUUGUUUUAGACCAAGCAGACAGAAUGUUUGACAUGGGUUUUGAACCACAGGUCAUGCGCAUUGUGGAUAAUGUCCAUCCUGAUCAACAGACAGUUAUGUUUUCAGCUACUUUCCCCAGAGCUAUGGAGGCUUUGGCUCGCAGAAUCCUCAGUAAACCCACUGAAGUGCAGGUUGGAGGCAGAAGCGUGGUUUGCUCAGAUGUGGAACAACAAGUGAUUGUGAUUGAAGAAGAAAAGAAGUUCUUGAAGUUACUUGAGCUUCUCGGCCAUUAUCAAGAAUUGGGAUCUGUCAUUAUAUUUGUGGAUAAGCAGGAACAUGCAGAUGGUCUUCUGAAAGAUUUAAUGAGAGAAUCUUAUCCUUGCAUGUCUCUUCAUGAAGGCAUUGAUCAAUAUGACAGAGAUAGCAUCAUAAAUGACAUCAAGAAUGGGACCUGCAAACUUCUUGUAGCCACUUCUGUUGCUGCCCGAGGUUUAGAUGUGAAACAUCUGAUUCUUGUAAAUUACAGCUGCCCCAACCAUUAUGAGGAUUAUGUGCACAGAGCGGGACGGACUGGAAGAGCAGGCAAUAAAGGUUAUGCGUAUACUUUUAUCACAGAAGAUCAAGUUCGCCAUGCUGGUGACAUAAUUAAAGCUCUUGAUUUGUCAGGAACUGCGGUGUCUUCUGAUCUGGAGAAACUUUGGAGUGAUUUCAAAGAUCAGCAGAAAUCUGAAGGGAAAAUAAUUAAAAAGAGUAGUGGGUUCUCUGGUAAGGGAUUCAAGUUUGAUGAAACAGAACAAGCUUUGGCUAAUGAAAGGAAGAAGUUGCAAAAAGCAGCUCUCAUUUUGCAAGAUUCAGAUGAUGAGGAUGCUGCAGUCGACAUUGAUGAACAAAUUGAAAGUAUGUUUAAUUCAAAGAAGAGAGUAAAAGAUAUGGCUGCUCCUGGAACAUCUAGUGUUCCUGCUCCAACUGUGGGAAAUGCCGAGAAAUUAGAAAUAGCUAAGAGACUGGCUCUUAGAAUCAAUGCUCAGAAGAAUUUGGGCAUUGAGUCUCAGGUAGAUGUGAUGCAACAGGCCACCAAUGCAAUUCUCAGAGGCGGCACCAUCCUGGCUCCCACUGUGUCUGCAAAAACCAUUGCAGAGCAGCUUGCUGAAAAGAUCAAUGCUAAGCUCAAUUAUGUGCCUUUGGAGAAACAAGAAGAGGAGAGGCAAGAUGGUGGACAGAAUGAAUCUUUUAAAAGAUAUGAAGAAGAAUUAGAGAUCAAUGACUUCCCACAGACUGCUAGGUGGAAAGUUACCUCUAAGGAAGCUCUGCAGAGAAUCAGUGAAUAUUCUGACGCCGCAAUUACAAUCAGAGGAACAUAUUUCCCACCUGGCAAAGAACCUAAGGAAAGAGAGUGGAAAAUUUACUUGGCAAUUGAAAGUGCCAAUGAACUGGCUGUGCAGAAAGCAAAGGCAGAAAUCACCAGACUUAUAAAAGAAGAACUGAUUCGGCUGCAAAAUUCAUACCAACCAACAAAUAAAGGAAGAUACAAAGUCUUAUAAAAUAUUUCAAAAAAACUUUUUACCUGUGCUGGUCUGUGAUACAUGUGGCAGUUGUCUGCAGUUUACAAUGUAUUGUAAAUGAAGAUUUUUAAAAUUCUGUCUUGCUGAUUUUUUUAAAUACAUGAAACCAGUAUUUGCUAAAGAAAUCUUCUUUCAGUAAGUACCACCAGAAUUAUCAAACUAUAUUUAAAGCAGGCCUGUUUUCAGAGUAUGAUGCCCUUUAAUGUAAAGUUUAAAUAGCAAUAUUUUAAAUGUCUGGAUAAAAUUCCAGAAGUUUAAAAAAAUGGAAAUAUUUGGACUUUCUAUCAACGGUAAUAAAGUACACAAGUCACUAGGGGCUACUCACCAUAUCCUUUUGAAAUGAAAUUGUGAUCUCCUCAGAAAAGGUAAAAUUCUCUAAUAUUUUGUCCCCCCCACCCCUCCUUGAGCUUAAAUCUUACUUGAUUCAUUGGAACAGUAUGAACUGGAUUUAAGAAUGUUAUAAUAGAAUUUUUACAAAAUGUU